UCUUUGAUUCUCUCUCUUUUAUGUCUUUUUGCUUGUACACUACUGCAUUCUUGGUCAGUGUGAGCAGAAGGAAAACCAAAACCAUAAGCAACCACCGGUUUCUACAGAAGCCUUGGCCUUUGUACAUUUCUCUCCAUUCUUCACUCUAGCUCAAGGAGAAUUACUGAAGAUGCCUAGAGCAGGGUCAAGAUCUUAUGUGUGUGAGAGGAGAGUUUGGCACAGUGAUAUGCACCAAGCCAUGAGAGGUUCUCUCAUUCGGGAAAUUUUCAGAGUUGUUCAUGAGAUUCACAGCUCAGCCACAAAGAAGAACAAGGAAUGGCAGGAGAAGCUUCCUGUUGUUGUUUUGAAAGCUGAAGAAAUUAUGUACUCCAAGGCCAAUUCUGAGGCUGAAUAUAUGGAUCCUAAAACUCUUUGGGAUCGAACCAAAGAUGCCAUUAACACAAUCAUUAAACGUGAUGAAAAUACUGAAACUGGAGAGUUUCUUCAACCUUGUAUUGAAGCUGCUCUCAAUUUGGGCUGUAAACCUUGGAGAACCUUGAGGAGCCAACGCUAUAGUACGCAGAGAAGUUACCUUAACACUAGCUGCCAAGAAGGAGAGAGCAUUGUCCAAGGAGAUCAUACAAUUAACUCACAGUAUAUCGCUUAUUCUGUGAAACCAACAACCAUGAAUGUGACUCAUUUGGGAUCUGAAUCACAAGACCCUGCUGUGCAGAAUAAUACUAACUCUGCAGCUUACAGAUUUCCCUUUGCAUCCGUGAAUGUCACUUCUCCAGAACCCCGGCCUGGAUUGGGAAUAUUGCCUCAGUCACAUUCCAGAAAAGUGGGGGCUGUGGAGCCUGCUGAAGUGGGAGUUACUCAGAGCCUAUUAUCUUGUGAUGUACACAUUUCGAACAAGAUCACUCAAGUAGAUGUCAGGGAUAUUCCUGUGAAGCCACAUGAAAAUGUCUGUGACCUAUCAUUGCGGUUGGCCCCUCUUUCUGUACCUUGCUUUAGUGCUACAAACAGUGACUUUCAGGAAAUUGAAGAUGCCGGUUCCACUGCUCAAGACUGGAAUAAGACCACUGAUAUUUCACCCCCAAUUGGUGAAAAGGUAUCCUUUCUUCCCAGUAGCAAUGGGUAUGACCCCUUAAAUUCAUGUUCAGACAAGUCAAAUGUUCAAGGGGAAUGUAUUAAUGUCAAUGCAAAAAUGAGAAAGCGGAAGGCUGUGCUUUGGCCAUAUGAGGAUCAGCAUUUUGGUUGGCAGCCAAAGCGUCUUUCUGCCCACUUAACCAGAGAACGUUCAUAAAAUCCGUUGGUUGCUUCAGACAUUUAUCGUGGCCUGGUAUGCAUAGUUGAAGCCUCUUUUUUGCCAUAUUCUGUAUUGCAAGAAUAUAUAGUGUCAAUAUAGACCGGGAUUAAGUUUGAUGAAUUUAUUAUGGAGAAAAGAUCACCAGAGAAGCACUUUGGAUCUGAUGUACAAAUCUAUGGUGUUAUGCUGUGCCCCUUUUAUAAAAUGCUGCCCUUGAGCUUUUUCAAUAUCACCUGUCUAGUACUUUGAGAACAAAGCUCUAGUGACACUCCAAUGGGAUAAAGUUCUAUCUCCAUU